AUGAGCGAGUCCGUGAAAGUGGCGGUGAGAUGCCGGCCAAUGAACACGCGGGAGUUGCAGCAGGGAUGCAGGAACGUGGUGACGAUCGACCCGGGCACGAAAUGCUGCACCUUGGACUCGCCGAGCGCCGGGGGCGGCAAGGUGUAUCAGUUCGACGCGUCGUUCGGUCCGGAUGCCACCACCGAGCAGGUGUACGAGAACAUGGGCUCGGUGAUCGUGGAGGCUGUACUGGACGGUUACAACGGCACGGUGUUCGCCUACGGUCAGACCGGUUGCGGAAAAUCGCACACGAUGCGCGGUUUUAUCGAGCGUACCCUGGACCACAUCUUCGAGGCGACGUCGACCGCCAGCUCGGCAAUGAGGUACCUGGCUCUGCUCAGCUACCUGGAGAUAUACAACGAACGAUUACGAGAUCUGUUGCAAGACGGGACCAGCGAUCUCCUGACGCUGAAGGAGGAUCCGACACGCGGGACCUACGUGGCCGGCGGGCUGAGAGAAGUCACCGUGAAGGACGCCCAAGAGUGCGCGAUUUUGGUCGAGCAAGGUGACAGAAGAAGAGCCCUGGCGGCUACCAAGAUGAACGCAGCAAGUUCCAGAAGCCACGCUGUGCUCACCCUGUCGCUGGAGACGCUGGCCAUCAACGACGACAGCCAAACGGAGAACACGGUGAAGAGGGGCAGGCUCCACUUGGUGGAUCUGGCUGGGUCCGAGAGGCAGGCUAGGACCGGGGCCACCGGGGACAGGCUGAAGGAGGCGGCUAGUAUCAAUCUGAGCCUGUCCGCGCUCGGGAACGUGAUCAGCGCGCUGGCUGCUGGUCAUGGACGACAUGUGCCCUAUAGAGACAGCAAGCUGACGAGGCUCCUGAGGGACAGUCUCGGGGGCAACGCAAGGACGCUGAUGAUCGCCUGCAUAAGCCCCAGCGACGCGGAUGCGGAGGAGACGCUGAGCACGCUGCGGUAUGCGGCCAGAGCUCGAUGCAUUAAGAACAAGCCUGUUAUCAACGAGGAUCCCAAGGAUGCUCUGUUGAGGCAGUACCAGCUGGAGCUGCAGCGGCUUCGCAAGCUGCUGGAGUCGGGCGACCAAUCGGUGCUGAAGGAGAUCUUGGCCAACGAUGGUAACCAGUACGAAGACGAAAGUAGACAGAUGGAAUACCUGGAAGAAGUCGAGAGAUUGAAGAGGGAGUGCGAGCACUCGAACUUGUCGGCCCAGAAACUGAGGGAGGAACUGGAGGCGUUGAAGUCUCGUUACGAGGGUGACGGGAUGAGCAAUAUGAUCUCGAAAUCUGUCCCCCGACCGCCGAUGGACGAACAGGAUCUGGAGCGCGAGGAAAGGCGGAAAAAGAAGAGGGAGGCAGCCAUGCAGGAUGUGCUCAAGAGGUUGGAGAAGCUGACCAUCGGAGGGGAGGAACAGGGGAACACGGAGCUGAGAAGACGACGGGAGAAGAGGAGGAAGAAGCUGGAAACUCUCGCUUCGGCUUUGGAGUCAAGCGCCCAGGAGGGCAAUGGGAGUGUCUUCCAAGUCUACGGUCAGCUAAGGUCAACGGAGGAUGCCCUGAAGCGUAUGGCUAAGCGUGUGAAGCAAUUAGAAGCAGAGGCAGCCGAUCUCCAAGCUUCCUGGGACGAAGAACGUCGCGAUCUUCUUCGUAGGGAGCUGCUGACGUCCCAGAUAUGCGACGCGAUGCUUCCACACCUUCGUCCAGGUUGCCCGUUUCGCGACGUGAUCGCCGUUCGAGCAUCAGCGACCUGGUGCGACGAACUGGGCCGCUGGAGGCUACCCGCCGACGUCUCACCGCACAUAGCCCUUCCGCCAGCGUCGCUGGCUAUCCCCACGAAAUUUGUGCCCAGCAUCAGAACAUCUUCCAAACCAGACCUGAACAACAACAGCAACGGUAAGGACACCGAGGACGAAGUUGGCAACGAGGCCGACAACGAAGAGAGCAGCGAACAGGAGGAAACCAAAAGGCUGGACAUCGCUGACACAUAUUUCCGUCGAAAUAGAAUCGAUAAAUUACUGGCGCACGUCAGAGAAGCGAAAACGUUUGAUUCUAGCAACCGUAUUAGCCGGUCCGGUGGUUCCGAGGAUGCCUUUCCAAUCGGUGGCAACCACCUCCAGCUGAACGCGUUGAAUCUUCAAAGUAGCGCGCCAGUGAUUGGCGAGGUGGACAGCUACAAACCCAGCCAGCAUUUACAAACGGGUCGGUUCGGGCGACCCGGUUGGAUGCUGGAAGGGAACCCGGUGAACAAGGCUUUCUUUCCAAAGAGACAUCCCCCGAGGAUACUGGAGGCGUUACCGUCCUAUCCCCAAGGGACGAACGGAGGGCUUAGGUUCGGGGGCAAGUCUAUAUCCGAGGAGAUGUCCGAGAAAUUAUCGACCAGGUUGAUUCACGAUGACACCGUGGAACAUCAAUCUACCUUGAUCGGCCAUGCCCGGUCUCCUACGUACUGA